CUUGUGUGCGUCUGAUGCGUUGCGUUGAUGCGAUGUCGGCCGUGUCGGCCAUGGCGAUGGAUCAUCGUGUGAUCGCUCCAGCCCCUGGAUCCCCAGCAUUUCAAUGCAAGCUGCGAAAAUCUCCAUCUCCAUCGCCAGCGCCAUGGAAAUGCAGGGUUUUGGCUUCCUCCUCGAGCGAGCGCCAGUUUCUUCAGAGAAAGCGGCCGAUCUACGUCCCUAGCAGGAUCGAUGAUCCCAGCUACGUCCGGAUCUUCGACACGACGCUCAGGGACGGCGAGCAAUCCCCCGGCGCGACGCUGACGAGCAAGGAGAAGCUCGACAUUGCGCGGCAGCUUGCCAAGCUGGGCGUGGACAUCAUCGAGGCGGGAUUCCCAAUCGCGUCGCCCGACGAUCUCCUGGCGGUCAAGGGGAUCGCGCUCGACGUUGGCAACAGGGUGGACGAUGACGGGUAUGUUCCAGUGAUUUGUGGGCUCUCUCGAUGCAACAAGGCGGACAUAGCUGCCGCCUGGGAGGCUGUGAGCCAUGCUCUCCGGCCUCGAAUCCACACCUUCAUCGCGACUAGCGAGAUCCACAUGAAGCACAAGCUUCGCAAAUCACCGGACGAGGUCGUCCAAAUCGCCACUGACAUGGUUGGAUACGCCAAGAGCCUUGGCUGCCAGGACAUCGAGUUUAGUCCCGAGGAUGCUGGAAGGUCCGAUCCCGAGUUUUUGUAUAGAAUUCUCGCGGAAGUUAUCAAGGCUGGAGCCACCACUCUCAACAUUCCGGAUACUGUUGGCUACACGCUACCUUCGGAGUUUGGAAGGUUGAUAGCAAUGAUCAAGGAAAACACGCCGGGAAGCCAGAAUGUUGUCAUUUCUACCCACUGUCAAAACGAUCUUGGACUCGCGACUGCCAACACUCUUGCUGGUGCUUAUGCAGGUGCCAGGCAAUUGGAAGUAACAAUCAACGGUAUUGGAGAGAGAGCAGGCAACGCGUCGCUUGAAGAGGUAGUCAUGGCUAUUAGAUGCCGCGGAGACGAGCAGCUCAAUGGUCUCCACACGGGCAUCAAACCCAAGCAUAUUGCUGUCACAAGUCGCAUGGUGUCUGACUAUACAGGAAUGACCGUUCAACCUCACAAGGCCAUUGUUGGGGCCAACGCAUUUGCUCACGAAAGCGGAAUCCACCAGGAUGGGAUGCUAAAGUUUAAAGGAACUUAUGAGAUCAUGUGUCCGGAAGACAUUGGACUUGUUCGUGCUGAUGAAGCCGGUAUCGUCCUUGGAAAGCACAGUGGUCGGCAUGCGUUAAAAACUCGGUUGUCCCAGCUGGGAUACGAGCUAGAAUCCAAGAAGCUGGAUGACGUUUUUAAACGUUUCAAGGCUGUGGCAGACAAAAAGAAGUCCUUAUCGGAUGUUGACCUGGAAGCUUUGUUAUCGGACGAAGUUUUUCAACCAGAAGUUGUGUGGGCUCUUUUGGACCUCCAGGUCGUGUGUGGAACCCUGGGAUUAUCAACAGCGACCGUGAAGUUAUCUGGUCCAGAUAACAUUCAACGUGUUGGUACGUCCAUUGGAACGGGGCCUGUGGAUGCAGCAUACAAGGCAGUUGAUUCAAUCGUUCAGAUUCCAGUAACUCUUUUGGAGUAUUCCAUGAACGCUGUUACUGAAGGAAUCGAUGCAAUCGCCAACACAAGAGUCGUGAUACGUGCCGAGAACUCGACUCCAGUAACGCACGCCCAAAGCACAGAGCCUGUUCAGAGGUCUUUCAGUGGAUCCGGUGCAUCCGAAGACGUGACAGUCUCAAGCGUCCGAGCUUACGUGAGUGCUCUUAACAAAGUGAUUGGAUUUUCCAAAGCAGUCCCUAGUUCCGAGUCGUCGGUUUCAGCUACUCAGGCUACCACAGUUGCGACAAAGUAGAGAUAACUUAUCCCAACGGUAGCUGUACAGUUUUGCAAGAUUUAAUCCAGGGAUAUAGCUAUGGAGCUAGCGUCUGGCUA